CGCCCAUAAUGCGAGCAGCGCGGCAUCGUACUAUACGCAUACGGUACGUACAGUUGGCUAAGUAACGCAUCGUCGAACAUAAUAACAGUACACAACACUGAUGACAUAAAUUCAAGUCCACGGAGGUUAGAACUGAGAUUUGGGUGUGUUUUCACUUCAGUAUGCUCAACUGAGGAAGACAGACAAAAUUUAUAAUUCUAUUCUACUAUAUUAAAUUAAUUUAGUCAGCCUCCGUAUUCUGAUCUUACACUGCAUUCUGCAAAACUCUACUACUACGGUACGGUACCGGUACAUCUACACAGUGCAAAAAACACGGUGCCGCUUCCUGGCCAGGCAAGGCUUCACUGCACUCCAUACCACAGUCAAGACUCUACUCUAGCCAGGCUUGUAAUUGACAUAAAAUUGAAGAAUGGAGAGGGGACUGUCACAGCUACAUGUACUAGCAGUUAUCCUUUACCUUGGGUGUCUUGCUAACCAAAGUCAGCAGGAGGUUUUAACCUGUAGUAUGGAAAAUGAUACAUCAAUAUCAUCAUAUGACGUGAAUAGAAAGGAUGUCAGAAUCAUUGAUGGAUCUCCUGUGCAAGAUCUUAUUUUGCUUGGAAGCAAUCAGACUUUAGAUUUCAUACGUUUAGAUCAAAAUAACAAUGUCUCAACUGCGGAUAUUGGGGUAUGCUACAGUACAGCAGCACACAGUUGCUACCAAGCCGGAACUAAUGAGGAAGAAUGUGACAACUAUAUUCGAAGUGUGACUUUUCUUCACGAAGACUGUCCAUCUGAUAACUGCAAAGUCUUAGUUUGUGGAACCAAUGCCAUUAUUCCACGCUGCGGGAUAUGUAACUAUACUGCCGAAGAGCUGAAAUGCAGUUUUAAACAAAAUGAACCACCACAGGAAUGGCCAUACAACUCGACCACUGAUGCAGGAUAUGGAUCAUGUCAAGGUGACAAUAUAGUGGCAGGUGAUGUGUUCCAGUAUGAAAAAAAUGAUAAUGCAUCAUCCUUAUAUGUACAUCAAGAUGGAAAAAUCUAUUUUGGGCACACAAAGCGUGACUCAGGAAGUGUAGAAUCAGAAAUCGGCAUAGCAUCAAUCUCAGAGCAAGGAGAGAUAUCUAAUGUAAUCAAAACGAGAGAAAAUUCUCAAAAAAUGAUUGCUCAAGAUGCCGACCUUGUGGGAACGCCUUUUAUCCGAGGUGAUUAUGCGUACUUCCUGUUUCGUGAAGAUUCGCAGGAGUCUGCAAGCUCCAGUGUAGGCCAACCGUAUCCUCUGCACACCAUCCGGAGUAGAAUUGCAAGGAUUUGUAAGGAUGAUGCUGGAUCCUCAGGCAACCUCGUUAGUUAUUUGAAGCAGCAGCUAUUAUGCUCCAAAAAGUCAAAUGAAGUGUGGGAAACAACACCAUAUGUAUUUGAUGACAUACCAAUGGAGUACAAUGAGAUACAGGACUUUGAAAUCAAAGAGGAUGGUGCAGACACGCUAAUUUAUGCUAUUUUCACCAAUGAACGAAAUGCAUACCCGUUUACACAAAGGCUACAGACAAAUAAUAUACACGAAGCCUCGAUAUCACAAAAGAAGGCGAUACAUGUACUUGAAAUUUAG